CCCCACACACACAAACACCAACUUGAGGUAUGAGCAUGAUUAGCAACUGUUCACUUUAAAUCCCCAUCAGAAAACUUCACUUCCCACCCACUGACCACCCCCAUCUUCCCCUUUCUCUCAUAUUCCUCAGGCACUCUCAAUUCAAAUGGCACGUACCUCGUGUAAUAACAAACUGAGGAAAGGGUUAUGGUCGCCUGAUGAAGACGAGAAGCUGUUCAGUUACAUAGCCAGACACGGGGUGGGUUGCUGGAGUUCGGUUCCGAAACUAGCCGGUUUGCAGAGAUGUGGGAAGAGUUGCAGAUUGAGGUGGAUCAACUAUUUAAGGCCUGACCUGAAGAGAGGCAUGUUUUCACAGCAAGAGGAGGAUCUCAUCAUCACUCUUCAUGCAGUUCUAGGAAACAGGUGGGCUCAAAUUGCCACACAAUUGCCUGGACGAACCGAUAACGAGAUAAAGAAUUUCUGGAACUCGUAUGUGAGGAAGAAGCUGAUGAAACAAGGUAUUGACCCGGUUACCCACAAGCCACUUAGAGAAUUAAAAGGCAAGCCUGAGAAUUGCGUAGAGAAUGAGGCCACGCAAGCACUGCAGGAGUUCGAGGGAAGUCUAGGUAUAUCUAGCCUAAUAGCAAAAGAACCAGCAUUUCCUAUGGAUGGGAUGCAUGGUGGACCAAUGGAAUCAUCAAUUGGAGAGGUCUGCCAGAACAGGGCACUCUUUGAUCCAUCAUCCUCCUUAGAAUUCCAUACUGCUAUCAACCCCGUUCGCUACAGUGUCAAAUCGAGAUCGGUCGAUCCAGGAUACUUUGGGAUGAAUGCCGCUCCGUUCUCAUCAGUGUCGAACCCAAUGGAAUUUGAUCACGGGAACAAGAACACAGCUGACAACCUGGUUUCUAGAAUAAGCUGUUUGUUCUUCCACGAAGCAAAGAAAUAUUGCAGCAACAGCUCAAACAACAUCAGCAACGACACCGAGUCUCGGCUGAACACUGUGGUGAAGAACGAAGAUUUACCCUGGGCCGAUGACAGGGAGUUGGACCCUCUGCAUCAGUUUCAGGCAAACGUGACAGGGUCUGAAGAACUCACGUCAAUUUCAUGGCCAGAGGAAUGCCUUGUUGCUCACUCUGCAGUAGAUUUCCAUAGCGCCGAUCACCCCUCAAUGUCACUGUCCGAUGAUCAAAUUAUACAGGCACAUUUCGAUAACUUCCAAGAGCCGAUAUGAACACGUCAGUUCAUGUCCGCUACAGGGUAUUCUUCCUAUACUGUAGCAUUCUAGAUGAUGUGUCGUUUUUUCCAAGCAUUGUGAGAUAUAUGUCGUGCCCCUAAAUCGCGACGGAGUUGCCAUAGUAUUUUCUCUGUUCCUUCCUCGCUAAUUUCUUUGAUGAGUGUAACUUUCAGGUCUUUACCUUUCUGCACUUACGUGAGGCAUC